AUGCUGUAUGCUGAUGACCUGCAAAUAUACCUACAUAUUAAGCCGUGCGACCUGGCCAGUGCGCUAGUCCUCGUCCAGCGUGACAUCGACUCCAUUUGCGAAUGGGCAGUAUCAA